ACGUCUUCCGUCCUGUCAACGGCUGCUUUUGAUGCUGUUUCAAUGUAAAAGCAGGUUUGUCUCAGCAUGUACUGCUCGCUGGCUGGAUGAAUAUUUAAAGUCCCGCUAACUAUGAGUGGGACUUCUGAUAACAUGGAUCGACAAAUUGUGCAGGCUCUAUGUGAUGAGGACACAAUGUCUUCUAUGUCAGUGGGAAUGUCAGAUUUGUCCGAUGAGAUCCUGCUGUGCAUUCUCCGCCAUGUUCCAGUGUGUGACCUGCUGCUGAAUGUGGCAAAUGUCUGCCACAAGUUACACACACUAUGCCACGAUAAGACACUGCUCACAAACAUCAGCCUGUCUGAGGAAUAUCUGGCUGAUGACUUACAGGUGCGGCGCAUAUUGAAGCAGCUAGCCAAUCAUGUGCAGUCUCUCAGCUUGAAUGGCUGCUACUGGCUCUCUGGCUCGACCAUGGAACAUCUGGCUCGCUGCAGGGCAGUGACUCACCUUGAUGUCACUGGCUGUCACCUCACUUCCCUCCGUUUGUCCCGUCUUCUCUCCUCCCUCUCCUUACUCAGAUCACUUGCUUUUGAUGUGACGCCGGGCUUUAACUCAGCUCAGCUUAGUUCAGAGGCAGUGGAUUCACUGAGCCGCUUGUCAGAACUCAGACAGACGCUGUUGACGCCAAGUUAUGGUGUGGUCCCAUGCUGUGCUCAACUCCGCAAGCUGAUGCUGCAGUUUGACAUCUCAGAUGUGACCAGAGAGGGUGUCGGUGUUUCCUGUCAGUUAAUGGUGGGUCAGAGCAGUGUGCCACAUUACCAGCAGCUGGAGAAGUUCACUGCCAGGUUGGCCCCUGGAGAAGUAAACCAGACAUUGCUCCUCCUCUACCUGGCUGUAUUCAGUGUUCAUGUUCCAAAGCGCCUCCAAGUGUUUAUUGUGUCGAUUCCUGGCCCAAACCCUGCUCACUGGCCUGCUGCUCCUUCACUGGCCCAGAGCUUGGGUCAACAAGGUGACCUGGAGGCUCUGCAGCUUCCUCGCUCCUGGCUUGAUUCAUUGUCACUAAAGAGAGCUCUGCAGGGAAACAGUCCAAAACACCUCAGCUUCAGCCGCUGUCCAGCAUUAUGGCCACAGGUGUUUCAGUCGCUGCUGGAGGGAGGUGUCAGAGAUGCUACACAGCUGAUCAGCAUUAACCUCAGCGGGAUCAACCAAGUCCUUUACUCAGAGUGUAGGAGUGUGGAAGAUCAUCUGGUUCCUGGGACCAUAAGCCAGUUGGCAGUCUGUUGUUCAAACAUUAAACAUCUGAAUCUGAUGCACACACACUAUCAUCAUGAAAACUCACCCGGGGUGGGUGGAGAAACACACCUGUGUGCUAGCUUGGCCAGAUUCACACACCUGCGUGCUCUCACUCUGCCUGCCUGUGCUCUGUUAGAUGGCUUAAAUACCCAUCACACAACUACAAUUAACACAUCUCCCUCUCCGUUGUUCCUGGGGUUAAAGAAAGCUCCACGUGUGGGGCUCCAGAAUUACAAGCCUGAUUCAGAGUCACCUUUGUCAGGAGACAGCACCUCAGGGCUUGCUCAGCUCAUUUCUGGCUGCCCUUUUUUAGAGACCUUAGAGAUCAUUGGCCCUGGUUUUGUCUCUGGUUUGCCUCGGCUUGAGCCUUGCACUCGUGCCAGCGUGGAACCUCGUGGUAUGUGUGUGUGGGCUCGAGGAGUUGGUGAUAUGCACAUAGCUGCUCUUGAGGCUUUGCCUCGAUUACAUCGUUUGACCCUGGCUGGGCUUCCUGGGGUCUUAAGGGGGACGGGGCUGGUACAGCUGGCCAGGAAGUGCAAAGACCUGCAAAUGUUAUCCCUUGCCAAUAUGGGAUCACUAAAAACCAUGAACUACACUCCUGCCUUGCUGGACACACUAAAACAGUGCCCACAGCUACAGGAACUCAGGUUAGAGCAGCCCUACCUGAAUGCCGGUGCAUCAUUCUUUGACGCCCUGUCCUGCUGCUCUCAUCUGCAGCGUCUCUGCCUUAUUUCACGCAGCGGCACCUUUGACCCGUCGGCCACAGAAGCCUUCAUGGAGCGAUGCUGCCACGUUAUCAUGUGCCACAUGUUCAUGGGUGGCACUUUGGUGGCUUGUCGCACAUUGCAGAAAACACUGCUGGACAGAUUUUCAGCCAAGCGUCCAGCCCUGAGUGUGGUCAUCUAUCCGUUACAGCACGAAGACCUGCCCUCUGUCAUCAGAGAUAUACCACUCACACUGCUGGAUCGGAUAACUUUGUUUCAGAGCCAUGUGGCUCAACCACCACAUUUAUCACCAUUGUGACAUCACUAGAAAACUUCACUGUUAUUGGUGCUCAACAGCUGAGGUGCACAAAUGAAAAAGACUGAUCAUGUGACUUACAGUGAUUACACUACAUUAAUAAUGGGUUUUUUUGCAUUUACAUGACUCAGUAAUGAUGGUCUUCACAUGCUUACGCCACAGGGAGGUCAGAAGUCAGGGUCAGCUAUAGACUGAUGCUGUAGAGCUGGUAGGUAUUUUUAGUUCAGACAUUUUAUACUUUGAGCAACUGGGGACUUCAGUUGUGACAUCACAGUCAAAAAUCAUUUCUGCUAUUUUGAGAAUAAGUGCCAAAUAUAUAAAUUAAUUGAUAUAUUUGUUCGGAAACUUUGUAA